UUUCGAAAGCAAAACCGGAAGUAAUUUCGACCGUGCUGGAUGGAGGAGCUCGUGAGGUACUCACCAGCACUACUACAAACUGUUGGAGCAUCUUGCCUGAAGACAAAUAAAUGAAAAUCCCAACAUCAGAAUAAUUUACUUUCUGAACUCUGGUCGUUAUAUUGUGGAUAAAAUGCGGAGUGACUGGCCGCUUCCUGCUACGCGGUCCGGGUACCAGCGUAGCUGCUAAACGGAGCUUAGGUCGGGUCAGGUGGCAGAACACAUGUCACCGUUAUCGCUGUUUGGUUCCAGUUUCGGAUAGUCGGAUCUCUAUUUCUCUAAACGUUGUUAAAGUCUAAAUGAUGGGCCGCCGUCGAUAGGAAUAACUAGAGCUGGUUACUAGACCUGCGAAUGCGGAGAAAUGAUCAUUUCGCUCGGAAGAAACGGGUUAAUCGGACUCGCUGUCGGAGCUACAGCCAGUUUGGGGUUGAUUGGGAUUCUAAUUUACAGAGAGCGGAGCAGGAGAAGGUCCCAAAGGCUGGAAUCAAGAGGCCAGCCAGCAGCCAGGCUGCCUGACCAGGCGGAUGGAGCGGCGCUUUUCCAGGAGCCUCUGGAUGCUCAGGAGAUGGAGGCCCAGCAGCAGGCCGUGGCAGCGAUGGAGGCUGUGGUGCAGGGUCUGUCCCCAGAGCAGCAGCUGGAGCUCCGGAUCCAGCUGGACCAGGUGCUGAGCUGCGUGGCCUCGCUGCGCUCUGAGGUGGCCGAGCUCCGGGGGGGUCUGCAAGACAUCGCCCUGCAGAUCAUCCAGGAUGUCAAAAAGGGAGUGGAGGACAGUCAAAGGGUCCGUCGUCGUCGCCAUGUCAACAGAGAGCGGACCGACUCAACCAGCUCCAGUUCUAUCUACUUUACUGCCAGCCAGGAUGUCGGCAACACCAACGAGGAGACCAGUGAAGGAGGGUACUCCACGGCCUACGCUGAGUCUGAGUACACAGAACCCGAUGAAGAUGAACCAGAACCGGAGCCAGAGUCUGAGGAAGAUGAGGAGGAAAGAAGCUGUGCCACGGUCCUCACCCUCCGCCAAGAAGACUCCCAAGAGGAAGAGGAGAGGAAAGUUGAGGAGGAGGAGGAGGAAGAGGAGGGAAGGCUGUGGAUGGAGGCAGAAGUUCCUCAUGGAGAGCUGGCUCUGCUUUUGGCUCAGAGUGACAUCCUUCACACUGGAGACGCUACUUUAAAAGCAGACGGCUUUCAGCUGCUGCUGGACAACAGAGCAGAGUGCGGAGACAGCAGGGACUUCCUCUGGAGGCUGGCCCGCGCUUACAAGGACAUGUACGAGUGUGCCAAGGACAAGCAGGAGAAGUCCAGCUACGCUCAAAAAGGUCGGGAGGAGGCGGAGCUGGCUCUGAACUACAGGAGCCUGGAUGCUGAGAGUCAUAAGUGGUUUGCUAUGCUGACCAGACUUUCCUCAGAGCAUGAGAGCAUGCACAGCAAACUGAAGAGCGGCCACAUCCUGAAGGAGCAUCUAGAUCGAGCCUUGGCCCUCAGUGAUGAAGACCCCGUGUGUUACUACCUGCUGGGCAGAUGGUGCUACGAGGUUGCCACAUUUGACUGGUUGGAGAAGAAGGCUGCUGCUGCGCUGUACCGGAGCACCCCCACCGCCUCCAUUCAUGACGCCCUGGAGAACUUCCUGAAGGCAGAGGAGCUCAGGCCGGGAUUCUCCAGGAACGUCAGGCUUUACAUCGCCAAGUGUCACAAGGAUCUGGGGAACAUCUCUGAGGCCACAAACUGGACCAGGCUGGCACUGAAGAUGCCCACAGACAAUGAUGAAGAAGCAUAUGAAAUGGAGGCUCAGCUUCAGCUUUUAACCGACAAACAAAACUGACAGUUUGGGAUGUUUUCCUUCACUAAUAGAUGUCUCUCAAACUAUCCAUUUUAUUAUUUUAUGACAUGUGGUUACUUUUCUAGUAACUGUUUUUUUUUUUUAAUUGCUUGGAUUGUAUUUAUUGAUUCCACAUCUGUGCUUUGCAUCUAUUGAUUUUACCUUUAUUGCAAACUUUUCAGCCCUUUGGGGGUUUUUCUCCAACUGUCAGUCUAAGAAGCAGCAGGCUUACCUGACUACUACACCCAUUGAAGCUGCUGCAGCAUGUUUGCCUCCAAUGACCACUGGCCCAGUAACAGAUGAGCUGAUCUCAGAGCAGCAGCAGGUUUCUUGGUCUUUGAGUGUUUAAAGCCUCAAGUGUUGCAGCAGCUGCCAGAAAAGUCUUACUUGUCUUAUUUUUACAGUGACAUCAUUGCACUUAUAUUUUUUGGUUGGCAUUCAAUGAAAAAAAUGGUCGUCGUUUCCUGUAAAUCUGAAUCAAUAUUAAAUUUUAAUGAAAUGAAA